GAGAACCUUGGCAAGCCGAUGGUUGCGGGUAUGGCUCGCUGGGGAAUCAACAUCUUUGGAGCUUCGACAGAUGAAGGAGUGGAUGCCACCAGCCUGGACGAUAGCAGCGAUGCCAGUGGUUCACGCGAUUCGGGAUACCAUACGCCACGGAGCACGCAUGGUAGCGACACGGAAGCAAACAAUAUCCGCAAAACUGCCAGCCGUACGAAGCUCCUGAAGCAGCCAGCAAUUAUGAAUGAUGGCAUGGAGCUGAAGGACUACCAGAUUGUAGGUCUGAACUGGUUGAAUCUUUUGUGGCAGACCGGCACCUCUGGUAUCCUGGCAGACGACAUGGGUCUGGGCAAGACCUGCCAAGUAAUUGCAUUCUUGUCCCAUCUCAAGGAGCAAGGGACCGGAAAGCCUACGCUCAUCGUCGUACCUGGGUCUACUUUGGAAAAUUGGUGUCGUGAGUUCGAGCGAUUUUCCAAUACGAUCAACUUCACUCCUUAUUACGGCCCACAGGCCGAGCGCUUCCAACACCAGGACAACAUCAUCGAUAGUAUUCGUCAGGGUCUCUGCGACGUUAUCAUCACGACAUACGACCUGACGAAUAGGAAGGAAGACCACCUUUUCCUGCGAAAGUGCAAGCCUGAGAUUUGCAUCUUCGACGAAGGCCACGUCCUAAAGAAUGCAAAUACGAUUCGCUACAAGAGCCUGAUGCGCAUAGGCACAAAAUGCAGGAUCCUCCUUACUGGCACGCCAUUACAGAACAGUCUACAGGAGCUCAUGUCCAUUCUUGGCUUUCUCAUGCCCGACGUCUUUCACGCUGCGAAUGAUGACAGUGUUCAGGAGAUGUUGCAGGUUCUCUUCAAACACAAGGCCAAAGUCACCGAGAGCGACUCGCACAGCACUCUGUUGUCUGCACAACGCAUUCAGCGGGCUCGCACAAUGCUGACGCCAUUCAUUCUCCGGCGAAAGAAGGCACAAGUCCUGAAGCACCUACCGAAGAAGACUUCUCGUGUAGAGUACUGCGCUCUCACGGAGACGCAAAAGACGCUUUAUAGCCAGCAGCUGCAAAAGCAGCGUAAGAUUCUUGAGGACCGAGCGGCAGGCAUUCUGGUCAAGGAUCACGCCAAUGUUAUGAUGAAGCUUCGACAGGCUGCAAUCCACCCUCUACUUUUCCGCCACCGGUACACCGAUGCUAAGAUUCGGCAAAUGUCCAAGGCUUGCUUGAAGGAAGACACGUUCGCUGAGAGCAAUCCUGACAUUAUAUACGAGGAGUUACAACUAUAUCAGGACUAUCAGUGCCACCAGCUCGCAACCAAGUACCCUAGAGCGCUUAAGAAGUUUGAACUCCAAAAGAAGGAGUGGAUGGACUCUGGUAAGGUCGCCAAGCUGCUAGAGCUUCUCAAGAAGUACAAAGAGAACGGCGAUCGCGCUCUCGUCUUCUCACAGUUCACCUCGGUCAUGGACAUCUUAGGCUGGGUGUUCGACGACCAUAACAUCAACUUCAUGCGCAUGGACGGCUCGACUCCCAUCGUCGAGCGCCAGAGUUUGAUGGACGUCUUCUAUCAGGACGAAUCCAUCCAACUCUUCAUGAUCUCGACCAAGUCCGGUGGUGCAGGCAUCAAUCUCGCUUGUGCCAACAAGGUCAUCAUCUUCGACUCGUCAUUCAAUCCACAGGAUGAUAUCCAAGCUGAGAACCGCGCCCAUCGUGUGGGUCAGACUCGUGAGGUCGAGGUUGUACGACUAGUGACGAAAGAUACCGUGGAAGAGCAGAUUUAUGCCCUUGGUGUUAGCAAACUUGAGCUGGAUAAGAUGGUGCAGGGCGAAGAACCCGAGGAAGCCACUGGUGGCAAGAAGAAGAAGAAGGCAGAUACGGCUACUGGCGAUUCACUUAGCAAGGCGGAAGAAGCGGGCAUUGAAGCUGUCGAGCAGAUGAUGCUGGCACAGCUGAAGUCAGUUGACGAGGAGAAGAGUGAUGUCAAAGGGCUGUUUCUCACAGGGCUGAAGAAGGCAGGACUAGAUGUCAGCGCUGCUUGAUUUGCAAGCAAAUUCGUUGUAUCACUCACGGUACUACCAUGCUGGCGCUGUCGCCACGCAUAUAUGUUUUCUGGUCAAGAGCUAGCUGUCGCAUAUUUGCCCGAGUCAACGGGGUAUAUUGGCAUACAAGAAUACCUUGAGAUUGAUUUUUGUAAUGCAUAGCGUUGGCGUUAUUUAGUCUGAGAGGCAGCAUCGUAGGAGCAGAGCUGUAUUAAGCAGCAUUGAAGCGCAAGAUAGUAACUAAUGCAUAUUUCAUGCAGAACCUCCUAAUCAUG